UAGUACCCCAGUCCCCAGGGUAAAGCGACGUCAUCCUUUUACCCCAAAACACACUCCACUACGUGUCUUAUUAAUCGUUUCGUACUCUCGGUCCUAUAUAUAUAUAUACUCGGGUCUCUCAUUAAUUGUAUUUUGUAUAUACAGAAAAACAAACUUGCAAUUCUACAAAAACAAGAAGAUAACACAAAAAUUUAUUUUCCUUUGUCACCAGAGAAGAAGAAGAAAAAUAUGAUGGAUUCUUUAGCUAAAUGUUUCAACGGACUUCAAGAAAGCUACGAGAAAGUUCUAGAAGCAAAACCCAUUUACAGAGACGACUUGGACAUAACGUUGCCUCUGGAUUGCUCAGUGGUUUCAGUAGAGCCCACCAAAAAGUCCCGUUGCUUGGAGAGAACCAAGAGGAUUGACAAAUCCUUAAGGUUCGAAGAAGAAGAUGAAGACAUGGCAAAGCCUCUGGUUAAUGAAGAAGGUCAAAAGCCACGUAAGGUUGUGAGGUUUCAGUUAGAGAAUAAUAAGAUAUUCGAACCUAAGAAGCCGGUGAGGUUCGAUCUUGAUGAUCAUGAACUGGAACCAAAAGAGAAGCCUCUGGAAGCAAAAGAGGGUUUGAAUAAGGCUGAAGGGAAAGAAGAAGUUGUGAGGGUUAAGAUAAAGGUGACGAAGAAGGAAGCUGACAGGCUAUUAGCGAACUGGAAAAACGACAGUGUUUUGGAUCUCAAGGAUGUGGUGGACCAGAUCGCACACGUUUCGGUUCAUCAACUUCAAGUCGAUGUGGUUAUGGUUGCUUGUAACAACGGGCGACAAGGAAAUGGCUGCUUGUUAUCCCAGACGGAAUAGUUUUUUGGAAUUUAUUCUCGUUAAUUUUUUUUUUGUAGUUUUAGGGUAAUAUCUAUUUAUCUAUCAAGUCGUCAUGUGUAUGUAUUUUGAUGAUACAAGUUUUUAUAAGACGUAUGUAUUCAUCAUUUUUCGCACAGUUAUGCAUUGUUUGUUGUAGGGUA